CUUCAUUCAUAAAACCACACUAGUAGCUCUCAUGUCAACAUUUAUAGAUUUUCUCUAACUUGUGUUUGUCAUUCUGUGACUUGAAGUUUAACCACAUGCAUUUACCUACAGAUUUAAACGGGCUUACCCCCUUCCCGGACUCUCCUCACAACAUGUCCGAAGUUUUGCCCGGGGAGAGAAGUAUAAGUUCGGUACUUAACGACACUGGAGGUGGUGAACUGGUUAGGACAGGGAGUCCCAACUUUGUGUGUACAGCCCUGCCGUCUCAUUGGAGAUCCAACAAAACUCUACCCCUAGCUUUCAGGGUAGUGGCUCUGGGGGAUAUUAAGGAUGGGACUAAGGUUCAAGUCUCCGCGGGAAACGAUGAAAAUUUCUGUUCUGAAUUAAGGAAUUGUACGGCAUAUAUGAAGAAUCAGGUGGCAAAAUUUAACGACUUGCGUUUCGUUGGACGUAGCGGACGCGGAAAAAGUUUCACAUUGACGAUAACAGUAUGUACACACCCACCUCAAGUUACUCUUUAUCAAAAAGCCAUCAAAGUCACUGUAGACGGACCACGAGAUCCGCGCAGCAAAAUCAAACUGCGGACUGACGAUCGUCGGGUUCGAUGUCCACUCGACAUGCCCUCGGACAGAAAUCCAUUUCCGAAUCCUUUGGAAUCCACUCGAUUUACACAACACAUGUCGGACUGGGGUCCAGUGCGUAGACCAACGUCACAUCCGGGGGAUGCCUCCAGACGAUUACAGUCCUCAGAUUCCAACGGUUUUCACCACAAUGAUCCAAUUGCGAAAAGAAAUCAUUGGGGAUUCGAUCCCUCCCCGUACCCCUCCAUCACCACCCAUGCAUCAGUCCCACCCUAUACCCAGUCUCAAGGGCUCUCUGUCACAGGUAAAAUUUUCAGAAGGCAUCAAAUUACCCCCGCCACUCCUAUCACUCAACCAAUGGACCAGGUGCUUCAAGACAACAGAAUUCCAAUUAUGUCCAAGGAUAACACUCAGUUAGACAUUUUACCCCCAAAUCAGGAUAGAUCAAUGCCUGUCAUUAUUCCAGACCCACAGAGAGCCGACGGAACAACUCUAGAACAAAGAUCAUCUUCACUUGAUCAACAACUUUCGCUGUUCCCGAGAUUUCCCGAACACCGAAUGUCCGAGUCUCGUUUUCAAGAUUCUAGACACCUGUUUGGUUCCUCCAGUUUACCGCCAUAUCCAUCUACAAAUUCAAAUCUCGCAAUUCUUCGCGAAAGUGCAAUCUUAAGAGCAUCAGAAAACAUUUCGAGAGAAAUUAAUCGGGAAAUAUCACUGCCUAUACCUGGAUCCCAUAAUAGUUACCCCAUGAUGACCACAAACGAAAUUCUGGAUCGAAUUAACCCACCAACGACCAUGACGUCAUCAUAUUUGAGCACGUCUCCAACAUUACCCUUUUAUCCACAUAUUUAUUCAAAUCAGCCACCAAUGCAAUCCAGUAUAUUGUUCCCAGAAGAAAGAACAUACGCAAUUUUAGGUCAGAGGUCACAGGAAAUUAAUACAGUGAGAGCAGAGCGCCCUCUCUCUGGUACUCCACCGCGCUUGCCAAUUGAGGGUCCAAACAGACAAAUGAUCCGAGACGACGUUGAUGAAAGAUCAAGAAUGGAAGCAGUUCGCGCUAAUAUCAUGCAACCAAUGGAAACUCACGUUACAGACGCCAACAAUUCUCCUGUUCGUCAAGGCGCGAAUUUGAACACUGUUGCGGACGUCUCAUCAGUAUGGCGACCAUAUUGAGGACAAUCAUUUACAUACACUUUUUCCCUGCAACUUCCCAUGUUGCUAUUGUCAUUUUGGCGGUCUUGUUGAAAGCAACAAAUUGUUUUUCUUCGCUGAAUUUGACACUUGUUUUCAAAUCAAAGGCGGGAAAAGAAGGUUAGAGCGCUUGAGCAUUGAGGAAAUGACGUCUACCAGACGGAUUGUUAUUUUGUUGAUGUAUGUAGCUUGAGAGAGAGAGGGGGGACUGAUACUGAUUUGAUGGUGCUUGAAAAUGGUGUAUUUUGAGGACAUUGUCCUGUGGAAUCAGCUUUGGUUCUGUGAUCUCAAUUUGCGUUGAUUUACGCUUGAAAUGUACAACGUGUUUAUUCUCGAAUGUUGUGUAAAAAGUCCAGUGUUUUGAUCUCAAAGAUUUGUGAAACUUAACUUUCUUUGUAUCUUUAUAUAAAAAUUUCAACUGUGGAUAUUGUGCUAAAAUGGGAAUGUAAAUUACAGAUUGUAUUUAUAAGCUUUACCACAGGUCCUUGAAAUUGUGCAAGGACUUUUUUUUUGUCAAAUUCAAAUGUUGUAAAUUUUAAACAAUUAUAUUACAAUCAAUUUUGCCAAAGAAAUCCUUUGGGAUGAGAAAAACUUAGAAAUGAAUCAAGGAAAAGGAUAGUCUAUAAUGAAAGAUGAAAAGUAUUAUAGAAAAUGUAUCAUUGUACAUCCCAGUCAUAUAUUUAUUAAGACAUCCCACUAUUUCAUUCCACUUUUUAAUUAUGUGUUUUUUCAUGCGAUCUUUCCAUGUUUUCAAUAUUACGAUAAAAUUCCUAUCAUAACACCACCUCUAUUUUUAUUGUCGGUAAUGUUGUCUUGUUUUUGGUAUGGUACCGUUGAUUAUCAUACAGAUAUCCUGUACGACAUUUAUAAAUACUACUAUUUAUCUUUUUUGAAGAUUAUGAUUACCUGCCUUAAAAGGUUAUCCAUAAAAAUUCCUUUUUGUAUUCUUAGACCAAUUUGUCUCUGAACAAACUUUAAAAAGAAAAUCAAGUAGAAUGGACAUAGUAAUUACCAUGAUUUUAUCAAUUUACAAGCUCUGUCUGGAUAUUUUUAAGAAAGUGCUGUAAAAUCUUAGACUACUAUGGUCUCUGAUGAAUUUGUUUUGAUACUCUUUUGUAUUUUUUCGCUUUAGUGCUGUCUGUUUCCGUGUAUGUCCGCACUUUUGUGUGGUUAUUCAAUAAAAUGUUGAUAUAUGUAA